AUGGUAUCUACUAGGCCACAGGCCGCCGACGUCCACAAGGCGAUCAGGCUGUUGAUUGACAACCUCAUCAACAUCAAAGACGAGUCCGGCAAGUUUCUCCUGCGCCUCGAUGAUGGGCGGGUCAUCGACACAAAGUGUUGGGCAGGCUGGGAAUGGACGCAUGGCAUCGGGCUGUACGGGGUCUGGAAGUACUACGAAAUGACAGGAGACGAAUCGCUAUUGAAGAUCAUUGAGGACUGGUUCGCCGCUAGGUUCGCCGAGGGAGGCACAACCAAGAAUAUCAACACAAUGGCUGUCUUCCUCACACUCGCCUAUGUGUACGAGAAGACUGGAAACGUCACUUAUCUCCCUUGGCUUGAUACCUGGGCAGAAUGGGCUAUGUACGAUCUGCAGCGGACCGAAUACGGUGGCAUGCAACAUGCAACAUAUGUCACGGAUAAUCACCAACAGCUAUGGGACGACACUUUGAUGAUGACGGUAUUGCCGUUGGCCAAGAUUGGCAAGUUGCUGGGACGACCAGAAUAUAUUGCGGAAGCGAAAAAGCAGUUUCUCAUACAUAUUCAAUACCUGUUCGACCCUCAAUCGGGGCUCUUCUUCCACGGAUGGACCUUUGAAGACGGGGGACAUAAUUUCGCCAAGGCCCGAUGGGCGCGAGGAAAUAGCUGGUUGACCAUUGUGAUACCUGAAAUCCUCGAGCUGCUCGAAUUUGACGCCAGUGAUCCGAUCCGAUGGCACUUGAUUAAUACUUUAGAAGCGCAAUGCUCGGCCUUGAAGAAAUAUCAAGACCCGUCCGGCUAUUGGCAUACAUUAAUUGAUCACGCAGACCAGGGAUCAUAUGUUGAAGCCUCUGCCACGGCGGGGUUUGCGUUCGGAAUACUUAAAUCCCAGCGCAAGCGAUAUAUAAAUAAUCAGUACCGCCAAGUUGCCGAGAAGGCGAUAGGCGCUGUCUUGGGGUCGAUUGACCAGCAUGGCGAGCUCCAAAAUACUAGUUUUGGAACACCAAUGGGUGAUACCUUGGACUUUUACCGUGAAAUACCGAUUACAUCCAUGCCUUAUGGACAGGCAAUGGCUAUGAUGGCGUUGGUUGAGUAUCUGAGGACUUAUAUUUGA